AUGCCUGACUACAAAUACAAAGUUCCCUUCAAAACUAAUAAUUGGAUACAGCAAGAUCAACGACAACUUACUUCUCAACACAGUCUUCCACUUUCGCAAUUAGAUCACCCAGCGAAACUGAGCUUAAGCCAAAACAAACCCAUACCAAAACGUCUCCUACCCCACACGACACGUACAUCACUCUCUACUGCCGGACCUAAGAAUAGCUUUUGGGACUGGUCUACAAAGGUGUAUUGGGACUAUCCGCGAUACAGGAAGAUGAAUAAUAUAGAGUUCGUCAAAAUGAAUGCUGGUUUCGUGGUUUGUGAACGCAGCGAAAGGCCGCUAUGGGCGAAGCCUAAGGCCAAUGCCACGGAGAAAGGGAAGAUGGAAAUAGACGACGAGUCCUUCAUCAACACGGAUACUGAUAGCAAUCUCUCUUACCAACCGCCGCUAUGCGCGAAGUGUAAAGUCAAUGCCACGGAAGAAAGCAAGAUGGAAAUAGAGGACGAGUCUUUCUCCUCCACCAACAUGAAUGCUGGUCCAAUUCUCCCUCAAAAAUCGUCGCCAUGCACGAAGUGUGAAGCCAAUGCCACAGAGAAAAGGAAGAUGGAAAUGUACAACCGGAUCCUAAAGAAUACUUCUGGCAUUCCUUGUCCCGAACCGCCGCCAUGCGCGAAGUAUGAAGCCACUGCCACGACAGAAAGCAAGAUAAAACUAGAGGACGAGUCCUUCUCCUUCAUCAACAUAAAUGCUGGUCCAAUUCUCCCUCAAAAACCGCCGCCAUGCGCGAAGUGUGAAGCCAAUGCCACGGCGGAAGUGAAGUACUCAGAGCUUCAAGAUAAGAUAGAAGCGGGAUUUGAGCGGUUGCACAGCAAAAAAACAGAUACUAAUAAGGACGCACUAAUUCAAGAGUUACAUACAGAAAAUACGCAAUUAAGGCGUGAAAAAAAGACAAUGAUUGCGGAAUUCGAGCGUGAAAAGGAGACAAUGAUCAGGCGUAGAAAGGAAACAAUGUUUGCGGAAUUCGAGUAUCAAAAGAACACAAUGAUUACGGAUUUCGAGAAUGAAAAAGAGGCAUGGGCAGAUCAAUUAGAGGCUCAAAUUAUGGGGUUGAGGUCAAUGAAUCGCGAAAAGAACCAUUACAAGAGGGAGGCUAUGAUAUUAGAUGUAGAGGUCCAGCGGCUUAAUGAGUUCAUAAACAAGAUGCAGAAAUCGGGGAGGAAGACUUGAG